ACGGCUGGGUGAGUGUAUGAGUGCCCGAAAAGGAGAAAGGGCAGAGAGGGAGAGAGAGUUAGUUCGGGUUUGGGUUGAACUGAAAGGGGUUUUAACUUUAAGGCUUAAGCGGUGUGGUGUGUCUUCAAGUGUCAUGCUCUGACGCUGCUCGUGCAUGCACUCACUCUUUUCUCUCUCACAAAACAUAAACAUAGGCACGUUUUCUUUGGGUUCCUUUUUUUUAAUUCUAAAUUUAUGUGUAGUUGUAGUAGUAACUAUAGCAAUAACAAAGCAUAAUUACAUCUACCACCGCCGUUACGCUUCUCUUCUCUUCUCUUCUCUUCUCUUUUCUUCUCUUUGUUUUAUUCACUCGUCCACUUCUUGCUGGUUGACUACCUCCUCCUCCUUCUUCUUCUUGUUCAUUCCAAGUGAAGUGGGUUGCUUCUCUGAAUGACUGAUUUGUUGUGGGUUGAACGAGCUUGUGCUGGAUGGGGUCCAAGAUUUGCAUGAAUUCCUCCUGUGGAGCUGCUACCAGCAAUGAAUGGAAGAAGGGUUGGCCUUUGCGAUCUGGUGGUUUUGCUCAUCUCUGCUACCCCUGCGGCUCUGCCUACGAGGAUGGUGUCUAUUGUGAUACAUUCCACUUGGAAGAAUCUGGCUGGAGGGAGUGCCGAAUAUGCGGCAAUCAUCUUCACUGUGGAUGCAUAGCCUCCAAUUAUCUGCUUGAACUCCUAGAUUAUGGUGGUGUUGGGUGUAUCAGCUGCGCAAAGAGCUCCCGACUUCAUACAGUUAAAAGAAUUCAGACACAUGGUGAUGAAAUCCCUGAAGGAGUUGGAGCAGUGCCAAUGAAUAAUGCUGGAUCCAGUGCUGUUGAAGGUAAAGCAGUUAGUGAUCAUGUUGAUGAGAGAACACUUGCACCAUUGUGCAAAUCCAUGGAGGCUAAUGAAUGCAACCUCUUGCCUCAAUCUCAGAGAGGUGAUGCAAAUGCAUCUCUUGGGCAACACAGAGGAGAGGAAGUCAUAUGCCCCACUGAGAAAGUAGGUGCUGGGUUUUCAAAUGCUACACAACCAUAUGUCCGACCAGCUAACUUUGCAAAAUUAGACAAUGCUAGAUCAGCUUUGGACGUUAGAGAUAUUCAGGAUUCACUUCCACAACCUUAUUUGAGCAUGUCUUUGGGAGGAUCUUCUGCCAAUCCCAAUUUUUUACUGCCUUUUUCCAGUGGGCUAGCUGAUGGAAAAGAACCGAGCAAAACAUGGUCCUCUUUUCAACAAGGGCAGCAAUCUCGUCGCAUAUUGCCCAAACCCUCUAAAAAUGGUCUAACAACAAGUUCAGAACUGAAUAAAGGCAUGAUUCCUCAGGCACGUAUCACAAGGCCACCAGUUGAGGGACGUGGGAAAAAUCAUUUACUUCCUCGGUAUUGGCCCAGGAUUACUGACCAAGAGCUACAGAAACUAUCGGGAGAUUUAAAAUCUACCAUUGUGCCACUGUUUGAGAAGGUUCUCAGUGCCAGUGAUGCUGGUCGAAUUGGUCGAUUAGUGCUCCCAAAAGCAUGUGCUGAAGCAUAUUUUCCUCCAAUUUCACAAUCAGAAGGCCUUCCUCUAAGGAUUCAAGAUGUAAAUGGGAAAGAAUGGACAUUUCAGUUCAGAUUUUGGCCAAAUAACAAUAGUAGGAUGUAUGUUUUGGAGGGUGUUACUCCUUGUAUCCAGUCCAUGCAACUACGAGCAGGCGAUACUGUUACAUUUAGUCGAAUAGAUCCUGGGGGUAAACUUGUUAUGGGGUUCCGGAAGGCGGCAAACUCUGAUACACAGACCCCAAAAGGAGGAAAGGAUCUUCUUGGAAAUGCUCUGUCUGAACAUUUUGGUUUACCUGAUGGAAAUAUUAGUCGCAGUAGAGAUGAGGACCAUGGAGUCAGGGCAAAUGAGAAUUCCGUGCAUCAACUAGCAAUGAAUGCAGAGAAGAAGAAGACUAGAAAUAUUGGAUCCAAAAGUAAGAGGUUGCUGAUGCAUAGUGUAGAUGCGUUGGAGUUAAGGCUCACAUGGGAAGAAGCACAGGACUUGCUUCGUCCACCCCCAAGUGUCAGGCCUAGCAUUGUGACUAUUGAGGACCAUGAAUUUGAAGAAUAUGAUGAACCCCCUGUUUUUGGAAAGAGGACCAUAUUUGGUGCCUGGCCAUCUGGGGAACAGGAGCAAUGGGCCCAGUGCGAUGAUUGCUCCAAAUGGCGAAGGUUACCAGUUGAUGUUCUCCUCCCUUCAAAGUGGAAAUGUUCUGAUAAUGUUUGGGAUUCUAGCAGGUGUGCAUGUUCUGCACCAGAGGAGACCGGCCCAAAGGAACUGGAGAAUAUUCUCAAAGUGGGUACAGAUUUGAAGAAGGCAAAAGUUCAAGAAAGCCCUAAGGUAGCCCCAGAACCUGAACCUACAGGCUUGGAUGCUCUGGCAAGCGCUGCAGUUCUAGGUGACAAAAUGGGUGAUGUGGGGGAGUCUUCAGUUGGAGCUACAACAAAACAUCCUAGACACCGUCCUGGUUGUACCUGCAUUGUGUGCAUUCAGCCUCCAAGUGGGAAGGGAAAGCACAAAGCGAAUUGCACCUGUAAUGUGUGCUUGACAGUAAAACGCCGGUUUAAAACACUCAUGCUACGGAAGAAGAAACGCCAAUCAGAACGUGAAGCAGAAAUUUCCGAAAGGGAUAAUAAGAAGCAAAUGGAUGAAACAGAGCUGAAGGACACAAGAAACGAUCAUUCAGAAAAUGAAGGAAGUCGAAGCAGAAUUGAAGGUGAGGUAGCAGAGGCCAGCACUGGAGAAAUAGACCUGAAUUGUCACCCCAUUCGUGAAGAUGUGCAACUUGAAGGAGGAUUGAAUAUGAUGAGUUUUGUUGAAGCUACCAGCUUGCCAGUAGAAAAUUACAUUAAGCAAAAUGGAAUUGAAAGCUUAAAGACUGAGCAACAGCAACAGGGUAGCCUUGGGUCCCAUUUUCAGUCAAAAGUUAAUAGAGAGAAUGAGAGACCCCUCUCUGAUGAAGAGUUUCUUGCAUCUGUAGGAUGGGAGCAUGUAGGGCAUAAGGAGCCCUGCUUGGAGAGAAAUAGUCUUCAAUGAAAAUGUCCUUGGCAGAUUUGCUGCUCUUUUUUUUUUUUUUUUUUCCUUUCCUUUUACAGGUAUAUUAGUUCUGUAGGUGUUAGCCUCACAUCUUCAAAUACACACACACUGCAAUAACCUUUGUUAAGCUGGUUACCUUUAUACCAAGUAAAUGGGGCGCCUCUUUGUCUUUGUCUCUGUCUGUUUCUUUCCACAUUUAUUAUGGCAGUCUUGUUAUCCAUACAUUCUGCUGGUGCUAGGUGGUGGCCGUGAUUUGGUUUAUCAAUCAUCUAUAUUUAUAAGUAACGAUAUAAACAAGUUGAAUUCGCUAAAACAGAACAUAACAUAUUAAAUUUAUUCAAAUGUAAUCGGUUGGUUUAAUUC